GGCUCAGAGUGUGCUGGAAGCUUGGAACUGUUCUUCAGUGAGAGCGUCUCUCUCACUCCCUGCAGUUGUGCAGGGCGAAAGCAGAAAGGAGACCAGGGGAGGUCUAACUACACCAUCCCAGAUUACCCAGCACCUAUUUUAAAUGCGUUGACUGACUGAUGCACAGUUUGCUGCUGGCUGACUUGGAGGAAGAUCAAGAUAAGCAAGUUGUCACUCCUGUUGCAUGAGAUGUGCUAAACUUUAACGGCCUUCACUGACAGGACAGCUAAUUAAAGGGCAAGUGUGGCUUUCAAUGGUGAGCCUCCAACGUAAAGAUGGACUGCAAAUGUUUGAGACCGACAGUGUUCUUCACAGCCUCUUGAUGCACAUCCGAAGGAAACAUCCAGCCGAAAGAGCAAGAUAAAGGACUCCCAUUGCCUGCACCGCUGAUAUGAUGCUCUGCUACACAUUUGUGUACCACUUGCUCUCUUUGGCAGCACUUGUAGUGAUUGUGAACUGCGGAGGAGGCGAGCAGAGGAGAGGGACCGAUAGCAGUACCAGUAACACAGGUGGCGUCAGUGGCGCUGGAGGAAGUGGCAGCAGACGUUUCCACAAGAUCCAGCAUGGCCAGUGCACCUACACCUUCAUCCUACCUGAAGGCGGAGCGGCAGGUGAAGGCUCCUGCAGGGAGGCAAAAGGUGGGAACCCACAGUACAACACCAACUCCCUCCAGAGAGACUCGCCGCCACCUGAAGCAGACUUUUCCAAACAGAAGAUCCAGCAACUCGAACACAUAAUGGAGAAUUACACUCAGUGGCUACAGAAGAUUGAGAAUUACAUCAAAGAGCGCAUGAAAACGGAGAUGGUUCAACUGCAACAGAGUGCUGUGCACAACACCACGGCAGCCAUGUUGGAAAUGGGCAGCAACCUUCUCUCUCAAACUGCGGAACAGACACGGAAGCUGACUGAUGUUGAGACGCAAGUUUUGAAUCAGACAUCAAGGCUUGAGAUUCAGCUUCUGGAAAAUUCUCUCUCCACUAACAAGUUGGAGAAGGAGUUAAUGGUCCAGACCAAUGAGAUCAACAAGCUCCAUGACAAGAACAGCCUCCUAGAGCAGAAGAUGUUAGAGAUGGAGAUGAAGCACCAAGAAGAGUUAGAAACACUGAAGCAGGAGAAAGGAAGCCUACAGGUCCUUGUAGGGAGGCAGAGCGGGGUUAUCAAAGAGCUAGAGGCCCAGCUGAGCAGGGCCACGGGAAACAGCACUGCCCUACAAAGGCAGCAGCAGGAGAUGAUGGAUACUGUCCACAACCUACUCAACCUUUGCUCCAAAGAUGGAGUUCCAAAGCCCCUGGAUGAAGACAAGAAGUUCCGUGAUUGUGCCGACCUUUACCAGGCAGGCUUUCAUAAGAACGGAGUCUACAACAUCCAGAUCAACCUGCAGGAAAACAAAAGGGUUUAUUGCAACAUGGAAACAGCUGGUGGUGGAUGGACGGUCAUACAGCGUAGAGAGGAUGGCAGUGUGGACUUCCAGAGAACGUGGAAGGAAUACAAAACGGGUUUUGGGAGCACGUCUGCGGAGCACUGGUUGGGGAACGAGUAUGUCUACCAGUUGACCAGCCAAAGGCAGUAUGUCCUUCGCGUUGAACUGACAGACUGGGACGGACACCAGGCCUUCUCGCUAUAUGAUCGGUUUCAAAUUGGCAGUGAGAAACAGAACUACAGGCUGUUCCUGAAAAGCCACAGCGGGACGGCAGGCAGACAGAGCAGUCUAGUGAUCCACGGGGCAGACUUCAGCACCAAGGACAUGGACAAUGACAACUGCAUGUGCAAGUGCGCCCUCAUGCUCACUGGCGGUUGGUGGUUUGAUGCGUGUGGGCCGUCCAACCUUAACGGCAUGUACUUCACGCAAGGACAACACGUGGGGAAGUUAAACGGGAUCAAGUGGCACUACUUUAAGGGCCCCAGCUACUCACUACGAGCCACAGCCAUGAUGAUCCGCCCGUUGGACUUCUCCUAGCCGUAAAACCUCGAAAUGGCUAUUUAGCACAUUAGUGGGACGCUUCCAGUUUUGUCCUCAUCUCAUUUCACCCGCCAUGCUUCGUAACCUUUUCCCUCCUCACUGAACUGUCGGAACAGCCGCAGGGAAGAAAACAGAGCAAGGCAUGAUUUAUGCUUCUGAUCAGAUUAGCACACGUAAUUAUUUAAGGACAAAAUAGGUCAUGUGUGUUUAUCCCACACUGGGAAUGUGUGCGUAUUUUUGAUAACAUGGUGUUUCUUUAGGACGUUCUGACUAGUACAGAGCGGUGGCAGAGCAGAGAUGACUUACAAACUGCAGGACGGGACUGAUCUUUUAUGCUCUGAGGACACAAUUUGUCUUUUUAAAUGUUAUAAUUGUAUUCCGUAUGUCUUUUUAAGUAUUCAUCUCGUAUGUAUCUCACCAUCACAUGAAUGUCUAUUACAGUACAGUGUAUUCUGACUUUAUAUGUGCUGUGGGAAUGAAAGGUGAACAUUGUUUAAAUAGAAGUAAUGAUGAUAAUAAUCAUAUUUUCUGAGUUGACAUAACGGCUAAUGUAUUUAGAGUUUACACAUAAAUGGCUAGUCCCAUCUAAACAGUCAAUUCUAUGGAGGGCCACACUGAAAAGAUAAAAAAUGUCAUGUUACGAGAACUAGGUUGUCGUAUUAUGAUAAAAAAAAAAAAGAUAAGUCCUGAUGUUAACUAGUGCAAGUCAAAAUUCCCAAACACGUGCAACAGCAGCCACUGAGCUCUGCAGAGACCUCCAAAGUCGAACAAAUUCUUAAUUAUAACAAUAUAAAGUAGUGAUGGGAAGUUUGUCUCUUUUAAGGGAGCUGGCCUGUUUGGCUCGGCUCUUUCGGCUCCCAAACGGCUCCUCUGAUUAUUUUUGUUGUUGUUGCUGAAAUUGAUUUCUUACCGACGUAUGUGUACGAUGAAUUUGUAGUAUAAAUAUAUAAUGAUAUAAAAUGAUUAUUGUUGAUAUGGCUUCAUUUAUACGGAUCAGAUUCCAACAAAAACAAAAUUAGAAUACACAAAGAUUCAUCACAAUUAGACAAAAAGGGCCAAUCCUGGGGUGUCCAAAGGGAGGCCUAAGGGCCAUUUGUGGCCCGCAGCUGUUUUUUUAUUGGCCCGCGGCACAUGAUAGAAAUAUAAUUCUACAAGAAAACUAGCAAAAAUGGAAGAAAUCAGCAGUCAUUUUCCAAUAAUAAAGUCUAAAUAUUAAGCCAAAAAAGUUGUAACUUUACAAGAAUGAUGUCAUUUCAUGAGGAAAAACGCCAUUUUAGUAGCCCAAAAUUUUAAAACUUUUUCUAAAGUCAUAAUAUUAUGAGAAAUAAAACAACAAGUUGUCAUUUUUUAAAAUCAGGUUGCAUAAGAUUAUGGGAAUGAAGUCAUAAUUACGAGAAGAAAAUUUACAAGAGGAAACUUGAACAGCUGUAAUUUUAUGGAAUUAAGUCAAAAUAUUUUUUUUUUAAAAAGACAUUUUCAUGAGGAAAAACAUUGCAAUUUUGCAAGAAUAGAUUUGUAAUAUUAUGAGGGCAAAUCACGACAUUCAUAGUAUUGAGUUGAAAUAUUUGUAAAGUCGUAAUAUUAAAAGAAACAAACAGUUGUCAUUUUUGGAACAUGAGGUUGGGGGAAAAGUUAUAAUAUUAUAGGAAUAAAGUCAAAUUAUUAUGGGAAUAAAGUCAUAAUAUUACAGGAAGAAAAUUUUUUAAGAAGAAAGUUUAAAAAACAGCAAAAAUGGAAAGUUCAAAGCAAAGUUCAUACGAAUAAUAUGCUUUUUGGCCUAUAUCACAAAGCUGAGAUGCAGUAUUUUCUUGAAACAUAUAUAACUUCUUAGCAUAUCUACAUGUUUUACAAAAACAUCAAAGUGGCCCUUGCAUUCUUUCAUUUUUCAGUAAAAACAUUUGGAAACCUCUGCUCCAACCUGUGUAUUAUUUUAGAUUUACAACCAUUUACGUUGAAACAACCAAAUAUAAAUUUAAAUGCGUAAAACUGAAAGACAAAGCAGCAUCCAAGUAAGAGUUUUUGCUAGACUUUAGCGAAGAUUGGCAUUCAGAAACACAAGCCUCAGCUUUUGUUUCCUGCUGCUCAUUUUCCUCACCUUUCCAGCUUGCUUGUAAAAAUAAACCGUCGUUCCCCCUUUUGUUUUUUGUCGCCGCAUACGGUGACACAUAUUUUGGCCAAUCACGUGCGUCUUGAACAGAAAAAAGGGCAAGAAAAAACAAUGGCCCGUUCACUUCAAAGAACCGGAUCCCGUCGUUCACUUGUAAGAGCCGAUUUUUUUGAGAACAACCCUUUCACUCAUGUAAAGUGAAUUCAUGCUUUUCAAGCUUAAACUUAUUAUUCUUACGAACAAUACAGGAAAUGUUGUAAAUGCAAUUCAAACAUUCAUGCAAAUUCUCAACAGAAGUAUAAAGCAUGACGUAUUACAUCUUUAGCCACACAAUUUACGACUUUAUUCUCAUAAUUUACGACUUUAUCCUUAUUAUUUAUUUUCUUUCCAGCAUGGUCCUAAUGCUCCAUUUCACAGUUCUAAUACCUUUUACAAAAUGUUUCCAUUAUACGCUCAACAAAAAUGUGAACAUAACACUUGGCUGUGGUGUGGCAUAUCAAGAUGCUGAUGAGGCAGCAUGAUUAUUGCACAGGUGUGCCUCAGAUUGGUUCCAAUAAAAGGGCACUCAAAAAUGUGCAGUUAAACGGUACUGAAGGGGAAGGAUGGGUCAGUAUCUGGUGUGACCACCAUUUGCUCCAAAUACUGUACACGUAUCCAGAGCAUCCAGAGCAUGAGUAUGCUGGCCAUGCAAAAACUGGGAUGUUUUCAGCUUCCAGGAAUUGUGUACAGAUCCUUGCAACAUGGGGCCGUGCAUUGACAUCAGGUGAUUGUGGUGGACGAACAGCACAACAAUGGGCCUCAGGAUCUCAUUACGGUAUCGCUGUGCUUUCAAAAUGUCAUCAAUAAAAUGCACCUGUAUCCACCAGCCGAUACUGAUUCUCAUUUUUGGACACCCCUGGACUUCCCCCAAUAGAGUUAAAACUGCACAUUUGGAGGUGGCCUUUUAUUGUGGCCACUCUCAGGCUUGAUGUGCCACACAUGUGAGGUGUAUGAAUUAUGAAUGCUCACUAACACAGACAUAGACAGAUUUGUGAACAAUAUUUCAGUGAAAUAGGCCUUUUGUUUACAUAGACGAAAGUUUAGCUUAUGAAAGUUUAGCUUACAAAAAAUGGGAGCGAAGACAACAGUGCUGCAUGUAUAUUUUCGUGUAGUUGCAUGGAAAAACACAUUUGCAUCUUGAAGAUUAAUCAAGACGGUAACCAUGUUUGCAAAUAUAACAAGUAUGCUUCUGAGUUUAUUUGUCCUUUUUCAUCAUAAUGCAAACUACCAGCUUUCCAUCACUGCUGCAUUAAACGUGUAGAUUCAGUCUUGCAGCAAAUUAUUCACAUUAACUUGUAUUUUUUUUUUAAAGUUCGCAUAACGACAACAGAAUGUGGUGGAGGAUUCGUGGAAGGUGCUGUACAUGUGGGAAAGGCAGACGCAUCAGGUGUAUUCACUCGUUUGUCGCUGAAUGUGUGUGUUUGUGUGCAUAAAUCGUUGUUUGUUCUUACUCUUGGUACACCAGAUGUACUUUUAACAAAAUGUAGAUAACCCCAGAAAAGUGUGCCACUGAUAACUCAGCUUUUACCUCAUUAAACUGUAGAUUUGCUCGGUGAUUUUAUUUAAAGGUAUUUUGUAACGUGGGUAAUGUUGUGUUGCUAUCAAAUAAAAUGUGAUGCACU